CUCCCACACAGUGCCGACAAUCCUCACUCGUUGCUCUUAAUCUUAACGUAGCUCCAUUUAAAAUAUUACGAUCACUAACUUUGGAGCCGCAGCAUUUUGAACAGCUGCUUGCCAGCUGGCACACUUCGUCUACCUUUCGCAGCAAUGCACCACAAGAGCACUCGAUUAGUUUAGACAAUCCCUUAAGAUGUCCGAGGUCGGUGCCACGGUGAUCGAAGGAAUCGGUGACGAGGUGCUGCUGUUUGCGUCCGUCUCCUUGACGCUAGUCGCCGGGCUUCUUGUGGCGUUCUACAUCCAGUCGAGUUUUCGACCACGCAGUGGAUCGCAGGAUCAGCGUACGAGGCGGGAUGUCAACUCUGCGCAGAAUGGCAGCACCCGUGUUGUGCCCACGGCAUCCGGAGACCACGCGUCGCCCAGACAGACAGAGCUCGCCCGCAGUGACAGUGAAGCGGUGGAACCGGCAUCAAAUGAUUCCGCUAGUUCGGGUCGAGGUGACAACUCCCAGCCGCAGCAGGACUGCGAAGAAUGCAGCACCGAAGCUGCCCAAGAACCGGCGAGCCCCAACAUUGUUCGUCAGCGGAGGCUUGAGUUCAUGGAAAGGAAUUGUCGCAUCGAGAGCAUAAGCGGUGUGGAUGCGGUGGAGCCGGACUCUGAGGACUCGGCCCAGGCCACUGACAGUGCCGGUGACGAACCAGCGGUAGCAGCACAAGAAGAGGAGGAAGAGGGUUUCGCCAUCCGUCUCAAGUACUUGAAUGACACCGAGCGCUGUGUUAGAGGCAGGCCAGAUGAGACCGUAGGAUCGUUCAAGAGGCGCCAUUUCGCUGCAGAGUUGGCGGACCAACGACUGGUGCGUCUCAUCUACAACGGAGGUCAGCUUCGUGAUGACAAUGCACGUCUCUCAUCCUGCGGGCUUGGUGACGGCUGCGUCGUACAUGUGCACGUCUCGACGGCGCCCGUCGUGCAAAGUGAUACUUCGUCGGCAAAUUCCAACAGCGAAGGGGACCUCAACCUCGGCGCCCUCAUGUGGCCGCUGUUUGCAGCAACGCUGGGCAUCAUGUGGGUGCUGCACUUCCAAUACCGUGAGCUGUUCAACACUUCGUCGACUGUGGUGCUCGUUGGCAUAUCUGGACUGUUCUGUGUCGGUCUGUACGGACAGAACUAUCCCCAGUCACCGGCGCAGACAACUGCCGAUCAAGAAGGAGGAACCCGGGCCACUCAACUUCCAGGACGGUAGCCACUGACAACACCAACAGCACCAGUUAUUCUUUUCGAAUCUCCAUAUUAGGGCGCUUGUAAUUAUGAUGUGGGGGUCAGUGGUCGAACAUUGACAUGUACAAGAGCUGUAGUGUGGAAAGGCAAUCAAGUCCAGUGAACUUUGAACUGAACAAUAUUCAACUUGCUCUCUGGGCAUCUUGUGCUUCAAAUCCAUUACAUAUGGUUGUUAAAACAACCUUAGAAGGGGAGUCACUGGAACUGUGCGUGUUUGUAUGCGUGAAGUGGUAAAAUUGGUGCAUUUAAUGGUGCUGUGAAAAAAAAUCAAACAGCGACACUACCACACGUGUGUGAAGCAGUUUCUGCGCUGAAGUGAACUGGACCAUGAGAGCACGUCUAAGGAUCAACGCAUCAACCAUGUUUAUGCACCGACUGUACGAAUGGUGUGUGGGCUAAUCUGGAUGCAACUAGGCCAAGGGCAUUGAUAAGAAUGUUUGCUACUGUUAAAGAUGCUUUAACAUAAAACUGCUGCACAAGUUUGAACUGUUCGAUGCAUGCAUCUGCAUGUUAGCUUAAUCCUAGUUUUUCUUUCUCUUAAAAUACGCCUGAAAGGUGGUGACGUAUUCUUUUCUUUGGAGCGUUAAGCAAGCCGGUCGUGUUCAAACACCUGUUGGCACCUGUGUGCUUGUUCAUAAAUGCACUUAGCAUUCA